AAAACUGGAACAAGGGGUACACCAGGAUCCAGAGGAACCAAUGGCCCACUCGGCCCAGUUGGACCAAAGGGCUUCCCAGGGCUUCAAGGCCUUAAAGGAAGAAUGGGCCAUCCAGGAGAGAGGGGAGAGAAUGGCAUCAGAGGUUUCACAGGACGAGAAGGGACACCAGGGAGGAAAGGGAAAGAAGGCCAUCCUGGCCUCAAAGGUCGAAGUGGACCUAAAGGCAUGCAAGGUGAUAUAGGCCCAAGUGGCCCUCCUGGACCCAGGGGGUUUCCUGGUCUUCCAGGGCUGUUUGGGAUAAAGGGAAUCAAAGGUUUUCAAGGAAUGCCCGGAGCCAAAGGAGUGGCAGGUCCCCAAGGACCUCCAGGGAAACCAGGGUCCCCUGGGAGCGGAACACUGCAGCGCAUUCCAGGCCUCUACGAUAGAAGAGGAUCACAAAAUACAAUGUCCAGGAGGACUCAGCAGGACCAAGGGGAGCAGGGGGAGUUCAGCUGGCCCCUGGGCACUCAAGAGAACCCUGCAACUACAUGCAAAGAGUUGGGCCUCGUGCAUCCCCACCUGGAGGAUGGAUUUUUCUACAUGGAUCCCAAUCAGGGCUGCCUCUUUGAUGCCCUCCAUGUGUUUUGUAAUUUCACUGCUGGGGGACUGACCUGUCUUCAUCCAAACAAAUCUCAGAUCUCAGGAAAAUGGUCAUCAGACACACAGAAAUCCAAAACCUCUGUCCACUGGUUCAGUCAGCUCAAUGAUGGCUCUAAGUUUAAGUACACAGGUCUGGAUGUGGUCCAGUUGCGGUUUCUACGAUUGCACAGCAACUCAGCAGUACAACAAGUAACAAUAGAAUGCAACAGUACUCACAACAGAAGAACCAAUCAGAGACGUGCAAGUCAACGGGUUCUGCAUCUCCUUGGAGACUCCUUGAGAGAGAUCAGUGGAGCUCACACCAAAGUGUCAAGAAAUGGUUGUGAGGUGGUGGUGCAGGUGAGGGUAGAGGGCAACAGUGAACUGCACCGGGGCGAUAUGGAGCUCCUGCCCCUGAGGGAUCUGGGGAUGGAGAACAGGGGUGACCACUGGGAGAGGGACAUCAGUGCCAUCCUGGGCCCACUGUGCUUUUUAUAGCAAAUGACUUCAGUGGCUGCCCUGAGGGACAUUGGCUCUCAUCAAUACCUAAGCUGCUCUUACACACAGAGGGGCCGCUUGGGUGAAUUCUCAACAAAAAAAAAGACACCAUUACAAAAGACUUGAACUUUGUAUUUGUUUUUAUAUUGUCAUUAUGAAAGUAUAGGGAUAAGUAAACCAGUUAUUGGGUUUUGUAGUGUUUACAGAGAAAAAUCAAAAGAUGCAUCACAAUGAUGUUUGUCAGCAUGUUUGUGCCAGGGUUGCUAACUAAAACGGUUGUAUGUAUUUAUGCUAUAUGAUUGUAAUGUUACUUUAUUAAUUUAUACAAAUAUUAAUUACAUGUUGAAAUGUAUAAUCUAUGAUUUUGCUAAAUAUUAAUUGAUCAAUUGCUGGCAGAAUAGAAUAUAAAAAUAUGGACUAAAUAAUCCUAUACUGCAAAUGUUCACAUUGGUUUCAGCUUUUGUUUGGUUGCAUGCAUUUGU